AUGGCCGACAACGCACGCAGGGGCACAGGCGUACCCCUAAAUCCAAUCUCAUCCUCCGUCGACGCUCUUCUUCAUCUCUCGGAGCCCCAGUUACCCAACGAUUCACCCCGGGAGCGCAAUCCCAAUACACUCCACAACCUUCUCAGCGACGCAAAAUCCACCCUCGCAAACGACCUCUCCACAGUCUCUACGUCCAUCUCCCGCAUCCAGGACGACUUCACCCGUCUCACUGGCAAACCACCUCGCAAGCGCCUAGAAAUCUUCUCUCGCGUCAAGACGAUUCGCGUGCCGAAGCAGGCGUAUGGUUCGCUUCAGCGAGACCUGGAGAAAGUCGCGUCCACCGUGAGCGAGGGAUGGGGGGAUUCAGUCUUGAGUAAAGUUGAGGCUAUGCAGGAAAGAUUGAUUGAGAAGUGGGAGGCAGAGCAGAAGGUGCGAGAGAACGUAUAUCAGCGGAGGAUCGAGGAGGCCACAAGAGACCGCGAUGAACAUGUAGAGGCGCAGGUCGCCGCAGAGAGUAUCAUCGAGACUUUCCGAGAAAAUGCGCGCACAUCUCUUGCUGAGAAAGAGGAAACUCUGAAGCAGCUUGCGAAGGAGCAGGAAGAGAAGGACGAAUUGCUGGAGAAGGUGACGAACAUGGAGAGGGAAAGGGAAAACUUCGUCAAAGCCCAGGAAAUGGGAACGGCCGUCAUCGAAGCCCUCAAGGAGAAUGUGCGUACAGAGAUAACUCAGAGGGAGAGGGUCGCCGAUCAGCUCUCAACGGAGAAGAUGUUCAAGGCGGUAUUGCAGGAGAGAGUUUCGUGUAUGGCGACGGAGAGGGACGAGCUCAUCAAGGCGCAAGGGAUCGCGGAAACAGCAAUUGACGCCCUUUAUGCGAAUCUACGAGCGGAAACGGCGAAGUGGGAGGAUCUUGAGGAGCAACUCCAUAGAGAGAAGACGAGGUCGGACGUCGAGGCUAGGAUGACGGAGAGAAUAGCCGACUUGGAGGCUCAGGUGGAUUCGGAGCGGAAGGCAGCGGGGAAGCUUCACGCCGAAUGCAGCAUGCUCCACGAAGAUAUUUCGAAGGUGCAGCGGGAACUGAAAGACGAGAAGUGCCGAGUGGAUGGCUUAAUCGAGCAGGUGGUGCAGAGAAGAACAGCCAUGAAGAAGUUAGAGGACGAUCUCACCAAAUCCUUCGUAGAGAGGAGGAGGGAGAGGAAGGACGGCGAUAAACGUCUCGCAGAAGAGGCUGCUCGGGCGUCGGACAUGAAGGUACGGUCAGAUCAGGAGAGGGAAGAGGUAUUCAAGAUGCUGGAGGCGCUAAAAUCGAAAAUGAGGGCGGACAAAGGUGAAGCGGAGCGGCGAUUGGCGGAGGAGGUUGCGAGAAGGAUUAAUUUGGAGAGGGAGAUAGUGGUGUACCAUGACAAUGAGGCGAGACGCAAAGACAUAGAGAGUGGAAGAGAAAAGGAGACACACUGUGUGGCGAUGGAAUGGGAGCUGCCAGGGCUCGAGAAACGGAAUCAGGAGAGGACGGAUCGAAGUGGCUCAUAUACGUCGCGCUGCGCAGUUCCCAGUCAGAGAACUGCUUGA